UCGUCCAGCACAGUCGUCGCCAAUCACUCUCAGCCAUAUCAAACAUGAAACUCCUCAUUGUGUUCGCCCUGUUCGCCUGCGCGGCCGCCGAUGUCAGCCACCUGGCCCCCAGUAACGAGUACCUGCCACCUGUCCAGAACUCAUACGCGGCUCCAUCGGUGAGCUACUCCGCACCGGCCAUCCAGCAGACGUACUCGGCCCCAGCCAUCCAGCAGCAGACGUACUCCGCACCGGCCAUCCAGCAGACGUAUUCGGCCCCAGCCAUCCAGCAGCAGACCUAUGCCGCCCCCAGCAACGAGUAUCUGCCCCCCGUUCAGCAGACCUACUCCGCUCCAGCUGUCCAGAGGACCUACUCGGCUCCAUCCGUGAGCUACUCGGCCCCGUCCGUGAGCUACUCGGCCCCAGCUGUCCAGCAGACAUAUUCUGCUCCAUCGGUCAGCUACUCUGCUCCCUCCGUUAGCUAUUCGGCCCCAGCUCCCUCCGUGAGCUACUCUGCCCCAUCCGUCAGCUACUCCGCUCCGGCCUACCAGCAGCAGUCGUACUCUGCUCCGGCCUACCAGCAGCAGUCGUACUCCGCUCCGGCCUACCAGCAGCAGUCGUACUCUGCUCCCUCCGUGAGCUACUCCCAGGAUGUGGGCACCCAAUACGCCUCCAACGGCGGCUAUGUCUACAGGAAGUAAGAAGCUGAA